AGGCCCGCCACACCCAGCGCCCGGCGCGCCCUCCCUGCAGGCCUCGGCCCGCCCCCCGCCUCGAGCGUCCGCGGCUCUGCCUCCCGGUGGCGCCGGCCGUCGGGCCCGCCUCCGAAGACGUGGAGCGCCGCUGCGGCCGCACAUUUGUAAAAGAUGAAAGUGACCUCAUCAGCUUUGGAUACUUGUGAGAGUUCCUUCACACCUUUGGUGGUCCUAGAACUUGCUCAGGAUGUCAAAGAAGAAACCAAAGAAUGGCUGAAAAACAGAAUUAUCUCUAAAAAGGAAGAUGGAGGUGCCCAGCUGCUGUUUAGACCAUUGUUAAAUAAAUAUGAGAAAGAAACACUAGAAAAUCAGAACUUAUAUCUUGUCGGUGCCUCCAAGAUUACAUUGUUACUGGGUGCGGAAGCAAUGGGUCUGGUAAAAGAGUGUAAUGAUAACACUAUGAGAGCCUUCACAUAUGGAACCCGAUAUAACUUCAAAGAUUUUGAUGAUGACAAUGAUGACUUCCUGACGAUGGCAGAAUGUCAAUUCAUUAUCAAACAUGAACUCGAAAAUCUUAGAGCCAGAGAUGAAAAGAUGAUCCCUGGCUACCCCCAGGCAAAGCUGUAUCCAGGAAAGUCAUUAUUGAGAAGAUUGCUCACCUCUGGCAUCGUGAUUCAGGUGUUCCCGCUGCAUGAUAAUGAAGCCUUGAAGAAACUGGAGGACACCUGGUACACUCGCUUUACUCUCAAGUAUCAGCCCAUAGACCAUAUUCGUGGCUACUUCGGGGAAACAAUUGCUCUUUACUUUGGAUUUUUGGAAUAUUUCACUGUUGCCUUAAUCCCCAUGGCGGUCAUUGGGUUACCUUACUACUUAUUUGUGUGGGAAGACUAUGACAAGUACGUGAUCUUCGCCUCCUUCAACCUCAUCUGGUCCACAGUGAUCCUGGAAGUGUGGAAGCGUGGCUGUGCCAAUAUGACCUACAGGUGGGGGACACUUGUCAUGAAGAGACAGUUUGAGGAGCCCCGGCCAGGAUUCCAUGGGGUCCUGGGUAUCAAUCCCGUCACUGGCAGGAAGGAACCUCUGUACCCCAGCUACAAGAGGCAGUUGCGCAUUUACCUGGUCUCUCUGCCGUUUGUGUGCCUCUGCCUCUACUUCUCUCUGUAUGUCAUGAUGAUUUACUUUGACAUGGAGGCCUGGGCCUUGAGUCUGCACGAGAAUAGUGGAUCCGAGUGGACCAGUGUCCUGUUGUAUGUGCCCAGCAUCAUCUAUGCCAUUGUGAUUGAGAUCAUGAACCGCCUCUAUCGAUACGCUGCUGAGUUCCUAACUUCGUGGGAGAAUCACAGAUUGGAAUCUGCCUACCAGAAUCAUCUAAUUCUGAAAGUUUUAGUGUUCAACUUUCUGAAUUGCUUUGCCUCCCUCUUCUACAUCGCCUUUGUCUUGAGGGAUAUGAAGCUGUUGCGUCAGAGUCUGGCCACUCUCCUGAUUACCUCCCAGAUCCUUAACCAAAUUAUGGAGUCUCUUCUUCCUUACUGGCUCCAAAGGAAGCACCACGUGCAGGUGAAGAGGAAGGUGCAGGCUUUGAAAGCGGACAUCGAUGCUACAUUGUACGAACAGGUUGUCCUGGAGAAAGAAAUGGGAACCUAUCUGGGUACCUUUGAUGAUUACUUGGAGUUAUUUCUUCAGUUCGGUUAUGUGAGCCUUUUCUCCUGCGUCUACCCAUUAGCAGCUGCCUUUGCUGUGUUAAAUAACUUCACUGAAGUUAAUUCGGAUGCCUUAAAAAUGUGCAGGGUCUUGAAACGUCCAUUCUCAGAACCUUCAGCCAAUAUUGGUGUCUGGCAGUUGGCUUUUGAAACAAUGAGUGUUAUAUCUGUGGUCACUAACUGUGCUCUAAUUGGAAUGUCACCACAAGUGAAUGCCCUCUUUCCAGAGUCAAAAUUGGACCUCGUUUUGAUUGUGGUAGCCGUGGAGAUCGCCAGCACUUUAUUGCACAUUAUUGUAACAAGACUCAGAACUUCAGUGCAAAUGGCAGCCAUCCUUGGGUCUGCUACACGGUACAAAAAUCCUUCUUUCUCAGCUGUGAACUGGCCUCAAUAGAGUGCAGCUCUUAAUAGGAUGCAUUACUGGGCAGUGAUGAGACCUUCGUUUACAUGGCAGCAUUGAAAAAUUCAGACAGAUCUUAACUGUGGGGGCAGCUGCAGCAGCCGGGAUUGGCCUAAAGGCUGUGAGAAACUAGUCCUUUUUAAUUUUGUCAGAGAUGAUUUUGUAGCCACCUGAGAAAAUGAACUUUUGAAAUGUUGUGGUCGUAGCUCAUUUCCCUUGGCCUAAUGUGCGGUCCUUACCUGCCCCCCCCCCCCCCGGUCACGUGGCCUAGCUCUGUCUGUCCCCAUCUUGCUUACAUUGACCUUGAAGGGGCAGAGAAACUUGCUUUGUGACUUGGGAGCCGGCACAUUUGAUCUCGGGGCCUACCCCUCUCCUCAUCCACUGGGAUGAAAUUUGUGGUGGACUAUUUGUAAGAUGUGGAUUUCCCCAGAGGAAAAGGAUUGGACAGUACGAAAAGUAGACGUAAAUGAUCAAAGUAGAAGCUUCCUCUAAGUAGCUGAGGGUAUUUAAAGGUGUUUAAACCACUAGAGGGAGCCCACAUUGUUCUGAUUUCUAAAAACUAUAGUGUUUAACAGCUUGAUUUUAUUGGCUGUGGAAAAGGAUACCUUCUACCAAUGAUUUAUGGAUGCAUAGUUUCAGUGAUCUCCAUCAGUUCACUCUUAAGUUGGAAAUGGGAAAUGGCCGGGUCCAGACACUGUCUACACUGGUGAUCCUGUGCUCAGUAUCACAGAACAUGGUGUGGGCGAAGUGAUUUGGGCAAGGACCUUGCUAUGGCUCCAGGGUCCCGGGCUUUCCCCUUCCCCUUCCCCAUAACAGUCCCUGCCAUCUUCCACCCUCCUCCUGCCAACACCCUGGCAGAUUUAGUCCUAUUCAGCAGAAUGUCAGCGAUAUGUAGCUGUGGGCUGGGCCCUGGGCCCUGGUGAGUAACAUAGCCAUCCUCAUUAGCCCAGGACUCUGAGGCUCAGGUGCGCCCAGGUAGCGGGUGGUGGCCUCUUUCCACCUUUCCUCCCUUUGCCUCCCCCUGGAGGGCUCUGUCCCAGUGAUUUUGCUGACCCCUUCACCCCUCAGAUUCUCUAGGUUUUCUGUCUUGGUGUUAAUGGAGUUCUAUUAGUGUUUCUUAUCUGCGGCGGGCCUCAUGCAUAGAAAGGAUUACUCAAAAUUACUUGUGUUUUAGUACUCAAGUUAUUGAAAUUUUGAAUGUAAAAGACAAUGUUUCUUAUGCUCAAUUUAUAAAGCUUGUGUUUUAUUUGUAAAUCUAGUAAAUUUUGAAUCACAGUCACCUUCAUUAAUAUUCUGAUUAACAUUCAAUAAACUUAUACAUAAGCGCAUUAGGGUUCGUUAAACGAUCAACCUCCACACAGAAUUAGUUAAUUAAGUUAAACUUUACUUGCAGACUUUGUCUGACCCGAGCAUGCCAAAGAGCUUGGCAAAGCAUCCUUGGACUCUAACAAGCUGACUCUUCUGAGCAAAGAGCAAUGCAGAUCGAAUACAUCUAACUCGUUAAAGUAGGUUAGACUCUGUUAAGCACGUCAAGCACGUUAGAAGAAAGCACAAGAUAGCUCAGUGAUGUUUGGAAUAUGUGGCUGUGACCUUCUGGUAGGACAUAGCCAAAGUUGUUUACAUUCACUGCUUCACCCCAGGGCUCCUUAUCCCCCCAGAGGGAACAGAAUUACUGUCACAGACCCACACAGAGCCGAGGUUAGGAACUUGACGAGGCUGGGCCGAGGCCCAGGACUCGGACUGCUUCCGGUAUUUCUGCCAGAGCCAGUUUAUUGAACCCAUUUGCUAGGAAUGGCUUUUAUAGUAGUAAGACUUUGUUCACCCAUUUAAAACAUUUUGGAAUUUAUAACACUUGACCCCUUCUACUCCGGAUGUGACUCAUUUUGUUACUGAGAAAUUCGGGUUAAUUCAGUUCCUCACACACCACCCUCCCCAGUCCUGCUACAAACCUUUUACAGGGUUUUUUGGUUCCCCUUUUAUGGUUUCUUUGACCACCGUUCUAGAUCGACCUAUAGGAAGUCAAAUAGACUGGAAGCUUAUCCAGCCUUUCUAAACCUUCAUAGGUUACCCCAUCCCAAUCCAGAAUGCAUACACGGAGAAAGCUAAAAUACUUGUGAUAAUUUCUGGAAUGGGUGUGUUUGUGUUUGUAUGUGUGUGCAUGUGCACACCUGUGCACACACACAUCUUAGCUAAUGCAUCUUUUCAGGUCUGAAAGGUAAAUCCUGGCCUCAGGUUGAUUACGUUCAAGGGUGGUUUUAGUAUCAGUAUCUGUAGAGUUAGAGUUUGGGAUAAAAGCUGAAUGUAUCGCAGCCCACAUCUCGUCGAUCCUAAGGGCAUGUUUUCUCACUGUCACACCUCUGAAAGUGACUGCAUGCAACGGUGGCUGCCAUCGGCCAGCACGUGGCAAAUUGAACGUCUCUCCUGGUAGCACGAUUGGCAACCACAGCCCCUCCGGCUUUCAGCACAGCAGCUGUCGAGCCCCCUUUGAAAACUGGAAAAUGAGCCCGGGGUGGUGCAGAAAACCUGUCUUUGGCUCCUGCCAAUGAGCUCAGGCAGAGAGUAUCAGUGAAGCUUCGAGUGUAGGCCAGCUGCUCGGAAGGGCUGCUGGGUACGCGGGGGAGCGCCCCUCCAGCCCCUGCCACACCCUGACACUGCUGGGCUGCACGAGGUGGCUCUGCCCCGGAGCCCGGAGCCCUGUGCGCCCUCGACUCCGAGAGGAGAGCGAUUCCCAAGGGUCGGGCUCUGGAUGUGGGCGGAGAAAUGAGGAGCAGGCCAACGGCUGUCCCGUGCUUUGUGUUCUUACGUGCCCCAGGAGAGUGAUGGUUUUAAAAGUCUUCCGAAAGGAGUUUUAAGAGCCCCUUCAAAAGGGACUUCUAGGUGGUGAGAACACACUGUGGAAGGUUUGGGGUGAAGUGAGGUGGUCACGGGAAGUGGGGUUUGCCUCCUGUUCUCAUCUCUUCCUCCCCAGCACCCAAUUUUUUUUGCACUGCUGCCGACUCCAGCCUCCGUGCUUUGCAAGUUCCCCCUUCCUCUGGUCAGUGGCUCUCCUGGCUGCCUCCUGGAAUCCUACCUCCUCCGCCGCCAUCAGGCCCUCCUUGGUAGAUGCCUCCCCAUCUAGAGCGUUUCUUUAUAGCCAGGCUCCUUGUUUGGAGGCAUAUAAUCGAGCCACGCUUGAGUACAUGUUACUAUGGAAAUGUUUUGUGUUUGCUUCAUGCCCGGAUUCCGCAUCGUAACGGACCAUAAGCUCGUUGUGACAGGGUCUGCGUCUCCUGUGUUCCUUCAUUUUACCCAGAGUGGCAGCAUCGCAGUGGCUCACUUGACAAAUACUUGCUGACUUUAGCUGGGCCCCAAAUUUUAAUAGAAGUCAGAACUCUGAAAACAUUUAAUGAGAAAACCAGGGCAAGUGCUUCCCCUCCCCCGUCCCCAGUGGUUUCUCUCCGGGAGCUCCGGGACUCUGGUGACGGAGGCUGUGGGCCAGCCCCUGAUUGUGCCUGGGCUGUGAUUUUUCCCUCCUUCCUCUGUGUUCCCCACCCCCUUCCGUUACUCUGGUCCGGGAACUUACUCCAGUGCCCCAAGCGCCGCAGCCUGAGGACCCUUGCCCUGCAACCCGCCUGCUGGUGAGGGGACAUGUAGAUCUGCCCAGGAGCUUCCCAGAAAGUGGGAGGGACAAACAGCAGCCCCAUCGGCCGGCAGGGCCUUGGCCUGCUGCACACACACCCCUCGCAGCACAGAACGGGAGUCGGUACCUGAUGCUCAGGGAGAGAGACGUGAGCAGGGCGAGUGUAUGUUGCUACAGUUCUUUGAAAGUAACUACCAGGUUGUCAGUGACCUGACUCACAGCCGAGAACUUCUUCUGGUGGGGACAACACGUGAGUCAUUCCACAUGAGAAGUACAGAGAUUAUGCAGCAAAAUUAGAAAUUAAGCAUCAACAUGAAGAUCUGUACCACGAAUGUCACGUUAGGGUUCUCGGAUUUCCUGUUUAGCUCAAUUUGUGUCGCUUGUUUCCUUCUUUCUUUGAAUAUAUCAUAAAAGCGGUAUGAGAAAUAUUAUAUUUGGGGUGAAUUCUACGGUUCUGCCAAUGAAUUUGCCGCAGGGGGUCACUGCCCAAAUAAACAACAGGCUCACGAGGGUCCCUGGGAGGGCAGAGGGCUUGUGGCAGGUGGCAGGGUCACAGGGAGCCUGAGAAGUGGCCUCUCCCCUAGCCCUGGGCCUCCCCCUGCUGCGGGAACCGGAGCCCGGAGCCCGGAGCCCGGAGGAGAGGCCCUUCUCCUCUUCCGGGACUGGUUGCAACAGCGACACGAGUGAGUCUCGUUUUGAGUGCUUGGUGUCCUACCUACAUUUAUAUUUACAUUAAGCAUUUAAUUCAUUUGGAAAGGAUUUUUGUUUUUGAGGCAAGAGUCCAACUUCGUAUUUCCCACAGGGGUAUCCGUUUAUAUUCAUACCACUUACUAAAUAAGCCAUCCCUGCUAGCAACCUGAAAUCUUUAUCGUACGUUUCAAGAUUUUCUGUGUCACUGACCUUGCGGUCUCUUUUUGAGCCAAUCCAUAUCGUCUUAGAGCCGUUAAAACAAGUUUUAGUAUUUGGUAUGGCAAGUUUUUCCCUAAAGUUUUCCCUCCUCCGUUUUUCCCCCUAAAGAUUUGUUGGCAGUUCUCAUACAUUUAUUUUUCCAUGUGAACUUUAAAAUGAUUUAGUUCAGUUUUAACAAAAUCCAUUGGGUUCUGAAUGAAAUUGUCUUAAACCUGUAUAUGAAGUUUGGGAGGAUUAACACUUUGUGAUAAGUUUGCUCAUCUAAGGACACUGUAUUUCGGGUCUCUGUGUAUCACCAUCUUAUUACAUAUCCUUCAAUACAAAUUCAUGGAUUUCCCCAUAUAAGCUCUGUACCUCUCUUGUUUUCCUUUGGUAAUCCAUUGCUUUUAUUGCUUUCAUGAGUAGUAUUUUUCUAAUCAAUUUCCAUUUCUAACUAGUAUAAAGAAAAACUUUUUAAAAAAUACUUGUCUCCAAGAACUACUCAGCUCUCUCAUUAGUUAUAACUGUUGUUUCUUGGGUUUCUACUCAUAGCUGUAAUGCAAAUCAUGUUUUCUCUUCUCUGCCAAUACUUACACCAUUUAUUUUGUGUCUUCUGCCAUUGCAUUAGCUAGGGCCAAAACAAUGUUGACUAGUAGACGUCCUUUAGUUUUGAUGUAAAUGGUGAUGACCUUACUGUUGCACCAUUUAAUAGGUUGUUGGCUGUAAAUUUGUAGUAAACGGCUUUGGAUCUUAUUCUAUUUUAGGUAGUUUGCUUUGCUCGCUUGUUUUAAUUAGGAAUGGCUAUUGAAUUUUAUCAAGUGUUUUUUUAGCCUCUAUGCCUUAUUGGCAGGGUUUUUAUUUGUUCACUUUUUAAAAAUGUAAAUGUAAUAAAUUAUGCUGCUAGUUUCCUAAUGGUGAACCGUCUCAGCAGUCCUGAAAUAAACCAUGCUUGGUCAUGUUGUUUUAUUCUGUUAAUUCACUGCUGGAUUCUACUUGCCGGUGCUAUAUUUAGAAUUUUCGCAUCUAUAUUUAUAAGUGAAAUUGUCUGUAGUUUUCUUUGUCAGGUUUUGGUAUUCAGUAUAUCCUAGAUUCUUAGAAUGAACCGGGGGAACUUUCCAUCCUUUUCCAUGGUCUAGAUCAGUUUUAUUACAUAGCAAGUAUCUGUUCUCUGAUGCUGUCUGCUGCCCAGUGUUGUUGUUGUUUUAAUUUUUUAUGCGUAUUUAUUUUUGAGACAGAGAGAAACAGAACAGGAGUGGGAGAGGGGCAGAGAGUGAGGGAGACAGAAUCCCAAGCAGGCUCCAGGCUCCAAGCUGUCAGCACAGAGCCCGACGCGGGCUUGAACCCACGGACCAUGUGAUCAUGACCUGAGCCGAAGUCGGACACCUAACCGACUGAGCCACCCAGGCGCUCCAGCUGCCCAGUGGUAAUGAAGGUGUAGGGUAACACCAAGCUUUUUGUCUUUACCAUUAUGAUUUAAAAAUAGGAUCCUACUGCUCUAAAAUGUUUUUUUCCCCUCUCUUCUGAACUGCCAUAUAUAUAUAUAUAUAUAUAUAUAUUUUUUUUUUGCUUGUUACUUUGCUUGAAACGUGAAAACAUAAAAAGUUUUAGGGUUUCAGUAAUUUUUAGGUUGAAGGCUUAUUACAACAGGAAGGAACGAACGGUUGAAGGGAAGAACUAUACACAUAGCAUCCAAGGCUUUUGUCGUUGCCUAGUUGAAGAUCUGAAAAGGGGGAGGGCCCUAGAUUUAGCAGGGCUAGUUGUGGGAAGCCUAAGUCCAGCCCCAGCUCCCUCACACUAGGUGACUAGAAGCAAGCCUUCCCUGAGCCACAGGCUGUUUUUGCCUCACCCAGGUGUCACGUUCCUAACUGCUGAAUACGAUUGCCAUGAGGAUUGGGAAAAAUAAUAUCCACAGACCUCAAGAUCCUCAAACCACUGUUGAUGCAAAGGGUACUUUUAUAGGAUUAUUCUUUUCAGAUGAUUGUAAUAGAAGACCUCAUCAAUGAAAGGACAUUUUUAUUUGUAAAUGUUUAGGUAGUUGUUGAUUUAUUGUAAGACAGUGUCUUUGAUCAGGACCACUACUGACCAUGAGAUAAAAAAACAGGUUUUAAAUUUUGUUAAGUAAUUUCACUUUUAAAGGUGUUACACUAUGCCCCAGUGAGCCAGGCCAAGUAACACUUUAACUUCCUGGUGCCAUUUACAGUAUUUAUUUAGAAAGGAAACAAAAUGCGAGGUCAUUUAUUUUGUAGGUGUCCAUGCCCUUUCUGCCUUUCUUGUCCUCAUAGAGAAAGGCCUUUUCUAAGCCCUUUAUUUGGUUACCUGGAAAUUAGAGACUUAUUAAUUUAUGUUACUUAUUUUUUAUUUUUUUAUAGCAAAAUGCUCGUUUAGCGCACGCACACACACACACACACACACCAGAAGAGAAAAAUAAUUUUCUCUAGCAGGUGCUCACAGUACCAGCUGAUGGAAUCAAAACAUGUUUUGAGUACCUGAAAUGAAAGUUAUUGAAGAGUUCAUUUUAUCAAACCGUGUAAGAAUCCCCACGGUAUUAUGGUGAAAAUGCACUGCAUCCUCGUUUGUCCCCCUGUGUCUUCAGUGGUCACCCUAAAGACUAUAUAAUCCACUCUCUUAGCGCAUAGCGGGCCCCUGCUCAGCAGUGCACCAAGCUGCAAACAAAGUCCACAUAAUCCACGGGUCAUGUGCUCUGGGAGACAGUACAGCCCUCCCCUCCCCUCAUUCAUGGACAGUCUUGACUGAUGAAUCUAUGGAGCAGGGUCAGGUGCUGGGGCCACUGAUGUUAGUCAUCUGUGUCUAGUGCAUGGCUGGGAGGCAGGCCGAGGGCUGAGUGGUGCCCCUGGGUGCAUCAGCGAGAGCAGUUACACGGAGUCUAGUUACAGAAGUGUGGCUCCCCUGAUGAAAUCCCAUCUCAUGACGCAAGUUAAAAGAACGAAACACGCCGCCUAAAGGAGAAAUUGCAAGAUCCCCCACAUUCUAUAAAAAUACAUGGUUACUACACUCACUGAGGAAGAGGCCUGGGGUCUGGAAGCAGAUCUUUCUCAUUUUGGGUGGAGUCUCUUAGGAAGUCAUUCUGUGCACAACACAUGAGCAAAGAGGAAGAAGGGAGUGAGAUAUUUUUCUAAAGGAACGAUCGUCUUGUUGGAUUUCUGCUUUGGGGUGUUCGAUGGUGAUCACUCAUCAGGGCCCAGAGCACAGGAAGCUGAUAGCAUAUGAUCAUGUGUUCCAAGAGAAGAUAUAAUUAAAUAAUUCUUGAACAUGACCAAAAAUUGAAUCUCUUAAGAGACAGAUUCAAUAAGCAGUCUCUUUCGCUAACAUCGAUGUCUUAGUUAUUGGAUUGCCUGCCCAUUAGCCAUUUCUUCUGGAAACUCGCCCCCAUGCCUGACUGCAGCUGUGUCCCCGCCCUGUCCUGUUCCCUGCCCAGUCGUGAGCACAUGAGCACUCAGCCUAAGCUCCACUGCACCUCCCUUCCUUGGAGGGUUUGGAAUCGCCACCCAGGGUAGCCUGUCUGGCUGCCCUGCUGCACGGGGGACUUGUAUACUCAGGAGCUGUUGUUCUUUGCCCUUUUUGCCACAUGGUUUGGGAAGCAGAGAGACCCCCUCAGAAGGCAGAGAGUGGCCAGAAGUGGAACUCAGAAAAGAGCCAUCUUCAGGGGCUGUGGAAGGUUAGCCCGUUGAUCCGAGUGCGUCCUCCUGUGUCGUUCUGGAAGGCAUGGUUACCCUGGGAGCAGUUCCUGGAGCAGAGGUGUUCAGCAAGAAGCUGGAUUCCCCCCAGGGAGAAGGUGACAUAACUUAGAUGAUUGUGCGGGUGCUUCCGACCCUGAAAUCCCAUGGUUCCCUAAAGGCACAAGUUAGGUAUCACUCCUAGUACUUACUGUAAUUUAGAAGCUAGAUUUUAUAAAUCCUUCUGCUUAUAGUUGACCAGGUAUAUUGUUUCCCCCUUUUUAAUAUUUAUUCAUUCUGAGAGAGAGAGAGAGAAAGAGAGAAUCUCAAGUAGGCUCUGCCCUGCCAGUCCAGAGCCCAUCAUGGGGCUUGAACUCACGAACUAUGAGAUCAUGACCUGAGCUGAAAGCAAGAGUCAGACGCUUAACUGACUGAGCCACACAGGUGCCCCUCAGUUUCCUUUUUAAAUCUUAUGUUUUGAAAGUAAUGCAUAAUCAUAAUUUUAAAGCCCAAUAUUCCUUUAAGACAGAGUAACAGGUCACUGCCCUUUUCUAGUUUCCUGGAAUCAGUGACUCAAUAUUCGAGCCCUUUCUUCUGCUAGUCACCUCUACCUUUCUACAUAAUGUGUUUUUCAGUUUUAUUGACUCCCUACUUUGUAACACGAUUGUUUUUUUAAAAACUUUUAUCUUUAUUUAUUCUUGAGAGAGAAACAGAGUGUGAACAGGGGAGGAGCAGAGGGAGAGGGAGACACAGAAUCCGAAGCAGGCUCCAGGCUGUGAGCCAUCAGCCCAGAGCCCGACGCAGGGCUCGAACUCACGAACGGCGAGAUCACGACCUGAGCCAAAGUCGGACGCUCAGCUGACUGAGACCCUGGCGCCCCAUCAUAUGAGUGUUUUUACACCCACCAUACACUCUGUUCCUCCAACCCCCUAAUGUAGUUUUACGUCACAACUUUUGGUUAAAUUCUUUAAUGUGUCCACAGAUAAGCAGGUAGUGCGCCAUAAUUAUGUUCCCUUAAAUAUAACAGAGUUGAUAAUUGCGUCACUUUUUUUUCGCUUCGUUUUCCCUGUACCUGUUACUGGUUCUUGAAUGUGCUGUGCUGAAGCACAUCCGACGACCCGUCAGUGUUGUGCCUGGUUGUUUUCCAUGCAGAGGUUGGGCCCAGAAUGGGAGCUGUCCUAGGUCAGUUUGGGCAGGGUCGCUCUCGAAAUACACGACACGCUUCUCAUCCUCGUUUCCAACCUCUUGAGGAUUUGCUCUGCUUUGUUCCCUAUACCUUGUCUUAAUCUGC